AUGGCAAGACUCAAAGCGAAGGCCAAUGCAGAGUGCAACACGACCACCAUCUCCUCAUUGCAAGCGUUGUCAGCCUUGCUCUGGAGGGCCACGACACAGGCGCGAGAGUUAAAUGUCAGCCAGACAACGAGUUGCACGUUGGUCAUCAACAACAGCCCAAGAUUGAAUCCCCCAUUGUCUUCAAACUACUUUGGAACCGCAAUUCAGACAGUGAGCGGGACGACAACAGUGGGAGAACUACUAAGCCAUGGCCUUGGGUGGGCAGCACUGAUGUUGCAUCAAGCUGUGGCCGGCCACGCAGACAGUGUGGUGCGCAAGUAUAUGGAAGCAAAGAUGAUGGCCCCCUCCGUUUACCAACUAAGGGAGUUCUUCGAUCCAUGUGGUGUGAUGAUUGCGAGCUCGCCAAGAUUCGACGUGUCUGGGAAUGAUUUUGGGUGGGGACAACCAUUAGCUGUUCGUAAAGGCUCUGGUAACAAAUUUGGUGGGGUGGUUUAUGCAUACCCUGGAAAAGAAGGCGGUGGGAGCGUGGAUUUGGAGGUAUGCCUUCCGCCUGAGGAAAUGGAUGCCCUUGAGUCAAUUGAAGAGUUUAUGGAGGCAGUCUACUCCACCGUUCCAUUACCAUAA